AUGAAUAUGAAUGUUACUUUCACUUCAGAAACUCCUGCUCUCAAACUCACAAAGCUUCUCUCUCACGCUCCCUCCCUCUUUCUCUUGAAGAACCAUCAAAGGUACUCAAAGGUACGCAUCCGGAACAAAAGAUCACAUUUUCCCUUCCAAAUUGUAUCUUUUGAUUCGGACAAAAGAUUAGAUGUAUGUUUUUGUUUUUCUGUUGAGGAGUUAAGCUUUGCUAAUUACUAUUUUCUUGAAACAAAAUAUAUUAAUUACAUUGGUUCAUCUAUCAUGAAGUUAUUUGUCACAUGGGAUAUAUUAGAAACUAUUCAGCUUAUGAAACAUAAAAGUUGUACUUAUGUUUUGUAUUCAACUCAAUUCAGUUCUUUUGAUAACGUUUCUUUUGUUAGAUUGAAAGAAAGCAUGGGCAAAAAUGGUGAAGGAUGUGCCAUAGGAAUCGACCUUGGCACCACCUACUCGUGUGUUGCAGUUUGGCAGGAGCAACAUAGUAGAGUAGAGAUCAUUCACAAUGAUCAAGGGAACAGAAUUACUCCCUCCUUUGUUGCUUUCACUGAUCAACAGAGGUUGAUUGGUGAUGCUGCUAAGAAUCAGGCUGCUACAAACCCUGAGAACACUAUCUUUGAUGCUAAGAGGUUAAUUGGUAGGAAGUAUAGUGAUCCCAUCAUUAAAAAUGAUAUAUUGUUAUGGCCAUUCAAGGUUAUUGCGGGUGUUGAUGACAAACCCGUGAUUGCUGUUAAGUUUAAGGGUCAAGAGAAGCAUCUUUCUGCUGAGGAAAUAUCAUCCAUGGUUCUCACAAAGAUGCGGGAGAUUGCAGAGGCAUAUCUGGAGUCACCUGUUAAGAAUGCAGUUAUUACUGUGCCUGCUUAUUUCAAUGACUCUCAGCGCAAAGCCACUGUAGAUGCUGGUGUCAUUGCUGGUCUCAAUGUUAAGCAGAUAAUCAAUGAACCCACUGCGGCUGCAAUUGCUUAUGGUCUUGACAAAAAAACUAAUCAUGUGGGAGAGCGAAAUAUUUUCAUUUUUGACCUUGGUGGUGGUACUUUUGAUGUGUCUCUCGUUACAAUUAAAGAAAAGGUCUUCACAGUUAAGGCCACUGAUGGAAAUACUCACCUUGGAGGAGAGGACAUUGAUAACAGAAUGGUGAACCACUUUGUGGAGGAGUUUAAAAUGAAGAGCAAAUUGGAUAUUAGUGGUAAUGCAAAAUCACUGAGAAGGUUGAGAAGCGCAUGUGAGAGGGCUAAAAGGACACUGUCAUCAAUGGUUGUAACCACCAUCGAGGUUGAUGCUUUGUUUCAGGGCAUUGAUUUCUGUUCCUCAAUUACUCAGGCAAAAUUUGAGGAAAUCAACAUGGAACUCUUUGAAGAGUGUAUGGAGACAGUAGAUAAGUGUCUUGUUGAUGCUAAGAUGGACAAGAGCAGUGUGCAUGAUGUUGUCCUUGUUGGUGGAUCUUCUAGGAUUCCUAAAGUGCAACAGCUAUUGCAAGAGUUUUUCAAUGGAAAGGAUUUGUGCAAGAGCAUCAACCCUGAUGAGGCUGUUGCUUAUGGUGCAGCUGUCCAGGCUGCUUUGUUGAGUGAAGACAUUAAGAAUGUUCCAAACUUGGUGCUCUUUGACGUUACCCCACUGUCUCUUGGUAUAUUUACAGCAGGAGAUGUCAUGAGUGUGGUGAUUCCUAGGAACACUACAAUUCCUGUUAAAAUGAAAAAACAGUACCUUACCAUUAAAGAUAACCAAUUUAGUCAACUGAUUCAGGUUUAUGAGGGUGAGAGAGCAAGAGCUGGAGAUAACAAUUUGUUGGGCUCUUUUCUUCUUCGUGGCAUACCUCCUGCUUCUCGUGGCCACCCAUUUGAUGUAUGUUUUGCCAUGGAUGAAAAUGGUAUACUAACUGUUUCAGCUAAGGAAAGAACCACUGGCAAUACAAAUGAGAUCACCAUAACCAAUGACAAAGGAAGACUGUCAGCAAAAGAAAUUAAAAGAUUAGUUCAAGAAGCUGAGUCUUACCAGGCUGAAGAUCAGAAGUUCCUCAGGAAAGCCAAUGCGAUGAAUGCUUUGAGUAAAUACGCUUACAAGAUGAAGAAUGCUAUGAAGGAUACUAAUCUCAGUUCUAAAAUUUUACCAAUAGAUGAGCAGAAAAUUAGGGCUGCAAUUGUAGAAGCUGAAAAUUUUCUUGAUGGCAACCAACAAGCAGAAGCCUAUGUGUUUGAGAAUUGUCUCCACAAGGUGGAAAGCAUCUUUGAACCAAUUAUAAUCAGGAGGAAGCGUGGAAGAAAUGACGAGGUAGUUGUUAAUAAAUUUGGAGAAACUUGCUUAGCUUGACACAU